GGCAUUUUCUUAUUUCAACCAGGAUGGGAUGGGAGUAGUAGUUGAACUGAACUUGAACUGAAAAAGGGUUAUGGCAAUUAUCCGCCACAGCAACCGCAUAGCCACUCUCACUCACCGCUGCUAUUCCUCCUUACCCACCACUAAAAUCCCACUCCUCUACACCGCCGACACAACCGCCGCAACCGCAACCCUCCAACUCCUCUCUUGGGGAAGGGGCGCCUCCGGCCAACUCGGCGGCGGCAUCGAAGAAAUCCGCCUCUACCCAUCUCCGGUGGCAAACCUCGUAGUCCCCAAAUCCUCCUUCUCCCUCUGCCAAACCCCUGGUCGGCUCCCUAAAACAAGCGGCGGCGGCUGUACUAAGAAGAUUUUGGAAGUGGGUAUCUCAUGUGGGCUUUUCCAUUCUUCGUUGGUCGUUGAUGGGUCUCUUUGGAUUUGGGGCAAAGGUGAUGGUGGAAGACUGGGUUUUGGUCAUGAGAAUUCCUUGUUUGUCCCUACCUUGAAUCCUCACCUUGAUAACGUUCGAUGUGCUGCCCUUGGCGGCCUGCAUUCCGUUGCGCUCACCUCAGCCGGCGAGGUCUUCACGUGGGGUUAUGGUGGUUUUGGUGCACUUGGACACUCGAUAUAUCAAAGAGAGCUAUUUCCUAGGCUGGUAAAAGGCUCCUGGGAGGGAACUAUACAGCACAUUGCUACUAGUGGAACGCAUACCGCAGCAAUCACAGAAUCAGGUGAGCUUUAUAUCUGGGGUCGAGAUGAAGGGGAUGGUCGAUUGGGCCUUGGUCCUGGUCAAGGCCCAGAUCACGCAGGUGGACUUAGUAUCCCUUCCAAAGUAAAAGAAUUACCUUUCCCAGUUGCUGCUGUUUCCUGUGGGGGAUUUUUCACAAUGGCAUUGACAGAGGACGGAAAACUGUGGAACUGGGGAGCCAAUUCCAACUACGAACUUGGGAGAGGUGAUAAGGUUGGAGGUUGGAAACCACGACCAAUACCCAGCCUUGAGAAUGUUCGAAUCGUUCAAAUAGCAAGUGGAGGAUAUCAUUCCCUUGCGUUAACCGAUGAUGGCAAAGUGCUUUCAUGGGGCCAUGGUGGACAUGGUCAGUUGGGUCAUGGAUCCGUCCAGAAUCAGAAGAUACCAGUAGUAAUUGAGGCUUUAGCUCAUGAGCAUAUUAUGUAUAUUUCUUGUGGGGGUUCUUCAUCUGCAGCUGUGACAGAUAAAGGGAAGCUGUACAUGUGGGGAAAUGCCAAUGAUUCUCAAUUGGGAGUUCCUGGGCUUCCAGCGGUACAACCGUGCCCUGUUGAAGUCAACUUUUUAAUGGAAGAUGAUGGAUUGGGACCCCACAAGGUUUUAUCAAUUGCAAGUGGUGCGGCACAUGCCAUGUGUUUAGCUUUGAGGGAAAGUUGUUGAUUAUGUCUGUUGACAUGGAAAUUUCUUCUUUGACGUAAAUGACCAGCCAGCAUGGAUUCUUGAAUAUGGUAAAUUUCAUAGGUGAAAUGCAGAAAAAACUUUUCUUUGUGUGGAAUAGGAUGCCAUAUAAUGAAUAUAUGGUGAUUACAGAUGAUUGUUUCAUGGAUUUGGAUCUCAUCAUGAAUGAUGCGAGCGAUGUUUUAUUUCUUACUCAUUUGAUUAAUUGUAGCAGAUCUCAUUAGUGAACUUUGAAGUACUGAAUGGC